CACAGAGUCAUGAACCACCAGUGAUUAUUUCUGCAAGGACAGUCAUUAGAAAAAUUAAUUGUAGAAAGUGAGUGUUCUGUGGCCCGGAGCAACAAGCAGCGCUAUGAAAAGCUGGCUGGUCUCCGUUCUUCCGUUUCUUCUGUGGACAUGCUGUACUUCACAAAAUGUUUGUGAAGAACCACCUGACAUUGAUUUCGGGGAAAUGAUAAGUGAUGAGAAGGCCAGGUACCUGGAGGGUGACAGAACACAAUACAAGUGCAACCUUGGCUAUGUCUUAGAAGGCACUGAAUGGAUAAAAUGUCAUGGGCAAAAGUGGACACCUGCACCAAGGUGUUUGGCACCUUGUGGUAUCACAAAACAACAGCUAGAUGCAAAAGACCUGCUCCUGCCUGGGAAGCGAAGACGGUCCCAAGUGAUUCAGCAUAAUCAUACGCUGCAGUUCCUGUGCAAGGAAGGACAUGUCAUUACAGCUCCUUCAGUCAGGAAGUGUAUCAAUGGGCACAUGGAUUUGCCGUCGUGUAUCUCUGAAAUGGGAAAAAACUGUAGUCACACACCCACUAUUGAGAAUGGAGACAUUAUCACCUUAUCACAGAAGCAAUAUGCAUCUGGCUCUUCAGUAGAAUUCAAAUGCCAAAAAUAUUAUGCCAUGGAAGGAGAAAACAGAACUUUUUGUAACAAUGGGAACUGGACAAAAGUGCCCAUUUGUCUAGAGCCCUGUGCAAUCUCAUUGGGUGAAAUGGAAAGCAAGAAAGUUGAGUUGGUCGGGCAAUCAGAUAAGCAUCAUUUUCAAAACUUUUAUGUACAACGUGGUACUUCUGUUGAGCUUGCCUGUAAACCAGGGCAUGCUCCUGCAGCAAAUUAUUCCCCAUCUGCUUUUGUAAUCCGGUGCAAUGGAGAAGCAAUUGUGUAUCCUGAAUGCGAAGAAAUUGCAUGUAACCCUCCAAAGGUGGCUAAUGGCACUUUUAGACCUCAAAGAAAUAUCUAUCAUGGUGAGGAUCUAAUUCAAAUUCAGUGUGACAGUGGAUUUCAUCUAGCUGAUGGACAUAAUUUUGCAGAAUGCACAAGGAAUGGAUGGUCACCUCUACCACAGUGCAGCGCUGUUAAGAGAAGAUGUGGUCCUCCACCUCCUGUUGAAAAUGCAGUCUUUCUGGGCACUACGCAGAUGGAGUAUAUGCCAGGGGCAAAAGUACGAUAUAAAUGCCAAGCUCUCUACAAUAUGCAAGGAAAUCAAGAUGUACAAUGUGUCAACGGGCAUUGGACAGAUACACCAACAUGCAAAGAUGCAACCUGCGGAGAACCCCCUGCAGUUGCUGGUGCUGAAAUUGUGGAGGGGACAGCAGAGGCUUAUCUGCCUGACCACAAGGUGCAGUAUCAGUGCCAUGAAGGUUUUGAAAUAUCUGGAUCGGCUUCUGUAACAUGUCAAAAUAAAGAGUGGUCAGAACCACUGACAUGUGUAGAUGUAACAUGCCCUCCCCCACCUCGGAUUUCUAAUGGUCAGGUUAUGACUGAUCUCAAGCAAAGGUACUUGCCUCUUGAGAAAGUCCGCUAUCGCUGCCACCAAGGAUACAGCCUUUUUGGAGCGUUUACAGUAAAGUGUGUGAACAAAGAAUGGACAGAAUCACCAAGAUGCAUAGAUGCUGCAGGGAAAUGUGGUCCUCCACCUCCUAUUGAAAAUGGAGACUUUCUGGGCAUGGCAACUUCGGAAUAUAUGCCAGGGGCAAUUGUACAGUAUAAGUGCCAAGCUCUCUACAAUAUGCAAGGAAAUCAAGAUGUACGAUGUGUGAAUGGGCAUUGGACAGAUACACCAACAUGCAUAGGUCCUUGUACAGGAGACGAAGAAGUUAUGAAUCGGAACAAUAUAAGGCUGAAGUGGAAAUAUGAAACAAAAUUCUAUCUAAAAUCUGGAGAGGUGAUAGAAUUUGACUGCAAAAGGGAGUUUCUUCCAGAUCCAUCCUCCCCUCCCUUCAGAGCCCUGUGCAGAGAGGGCAAGUUGGACUACCCAAGAUGUAUACCUGAAAAUGGGAGAAUGUUGAUAUUGAUGGUAAAUAUAAUUGCAGUUUGUGAAGAACCACCUGACAUUGAUUUCGGGGAAAUGAUAAGUGAUGAGAAGGCCAGGUACCUGGAGGGUGACAGAACACAAUACAAGUGUGGCCCUGGAUAUGUCUUGGAAGGCACUGAAUGGAUAAUAUGUCGUGGGCAAAAGUGGACACCUGCGCCAAGGUGUAUGGCACCUUGUGGUAUCACAAAACAACAGCUAGAUGCAAAAGACCUGCUCCUGCCUGGGAAGCGAAGACGGUCCCAAGUGAUUCAGCAUAAUCAUACGCUGCAGUUCCUGUGCAAGGAAGGACACGUCAUCACAGUUCCUUCAGUCAGGAAGUGUAUCGAUGGGCACAUGGAUUUGCCGUCGUGUAUCUCUGAAAUGGGGAAAAACUGUAGUCACACACCCACUAUUGAGAAUGGAGACAUUAUCACCUUAUCACAGAAGCAAUAUGCAUCUGGCUCUUCAGUAGAAUUCAAAUGCCAAAAAUAUUAUGCCAUGGAAGGAGAAAACAGAACUUUUUGUAACAAUGGGAACUGGACAAAAGUGCCCAUUUGUCUAGAGCCUUGUGCAAUCUCAUUGGCUGAAAUAGAAAGCAAGAAAGUUGAGGUGGUCGGGCAAGCAGAUAAGCAUCAUUUUCAAAACUUUUAUGUACAACGUGGAACUUCUGUUGAGCUUGCCUGUAAACCAGGGCAUGUUCCUGCAGCAAAUUAUUCCCCGUCUACUUUUAUAAUCCGGUGCAAUGGAGAAGCAAUUGUGUAUCCUGAAUGCAAUGAAAUUGCAUGUAACCCUCCAAAGGUGGCUAAUGGCACUUUUAGACCUCGAAGAAAUAUAUAUCAUGGUGAGGAUCUAAUUCAAAUUCAGUGUGACAGUGGAUUUUAUCUAGCUGAUGGACAAAAUGUCGCAGAAUGCACAAGGAAUGGAUGGUCACCUCUACCACAGUGCAGGCAAAUUGGUACUUGCCAAGAAGAAAACAUUGACCAUGGAUAUAUAUUAAACCCAAAGAAACUUUACAAAGAGGGGGACCAAGUGCACUUCUUAUGUACUAAUGGGUACAAGCAUGCUGAGAGAUCAGACGCUACAUGCACUCAGAAUGGGUGGAGUUCAAGACUUGCGUGCAUAGAGAUUGUCUGCUCCCCACCGCAUGUAGAAAAUGGCAACUUCCAGCCUGAGCAGAUUCAGUAUGAAUUUGAAGACACAAUCGAAACACGGUGUGAACCUGGGUAUCAGAUCCGCCAAGCCACUUCCAUGUGUACAGAGACGGGGUGGUCUCCUCCUCCAACAUGUAUUCCAAAGAACUGUGACUAUAUUCGGAUUGAGAAUGGACAACUAUCUGAUUACUAUGAACGCUGGCGCGACCACUAUUUUCCAAGAAGGGUGGGACAAACAGUUGACUAUCGUUGCCAUGAUGGUUUUCUAUCAAGGGAUAAAGAAACAUGGCAUAGAGUUUCAUGCACCAAAUUCGGCUGGAGUCCAGAACCAAAAUGCUUCAAAAAAUGUGAUAUUCCUAGACUGCUUGAACAUGGUACAUUCAAUGCCCAUACUUGGCAGAAGUUCAUAGAAGGUGAUGAAACUUUGUAUUCUUGUGAGGAUGGAUAUGUUCCUGCAAAUCAACAAACUAAGACCGUGUGCACAAAAAACGGUUGGUCACCUGCUCCACGUUGUAACAUAAGAAAAACAUGUGGACCCAAGGAACCACCAAACGGCUUUUUCACUGAAAGAAGAAACCGGUAUAAUUUGAAUGACAAAAUAUCUUAUCGCUGUCAGCCUGGCUUCACAACUCCACAAGGACUCGAAACGGGAGAUAUACAAUGCCAUGAAGAAGGGUGGAAGCCUGAACCAAAGUGUAUCAAGACAUGCCAAGUACCAACUCAAAAUAAUGAAAUCUUUAACACAAGUCAAUCAGUUUUCGUCUUUGAAGAAAUACUUCACUACAAAUGUAAAGAUGGGUUCGAAACCAUUCAAAAGGCCACAGGUGACCAUGUAGUAUGCACAGAGAAUGGAUGGAGUUCGAAGCCUGAAUGUCUACCAAUACAUUGUGACGGUUUCCUUCUGGAGAAUGGGCUACUUGACCCUAGAAAAAACCAGUAUCAGCACAGAGACGUGGUGAAAUUUUCCUGCCGCGGAAGCUACACAAGAGUUGGGCCUGACUCUGCCCAGUGUUAUCAUUUUGGAUGGUCUCCACAGCCCCCAACAUGUAAAGUUUCAGCAGAAGUCAAUCCUUGUCAGCCACCCCCCGACAUUUCAGAUGGCACUAUUAGCGGUGACCUUCGGGAAGAAUAUAAUCAUGGAGAAAAGGUGGAAUACAAGUGUAAUUUCGGAUUUGCAGUGACUGGAUCAAAGUUGAUUGAGUGUUUGGAUGGACAGUGGACAUCUUUACCACUCUGCAAAGAGGAACCCAGAACUUGUGAAGCACCUCCAAGUAUUAGAAAUGGAGGCCCUGUCAGUGUUGACUCAGAUAGAUAUCUGCAUGGCAAAACUGUGGCAUAUGAAUGUAACGAAAGUUUUUCCAUUGUUGGAACUAAAGAAGCUGUGUGUCUGCAUGGACAGUGGGAGUUACCAUUAUGUGUUGAUGUUGCAGCAGAAUGCACACGUCCACAGAAUGCAGAGUUUGUACCAUAUGCUUCUCUGAUGAAAAAGUUUAACCACAACACCAUUGUAACCUACACCUGUGGUUCCAAUCAGCAUAAAACAAAAUGUGUUAAUGGAAAAUGGUCACCUGAGCCAGAAUGCACAGCAUUCUGUCCACCACCACCUCAGCUUCCCAAUGCCAUUGACAUAACUGAUACGAGAAACUAUAAGAGUGGUGAGGAGAUAAGCUUCAGGUGUCAGGAGAACUUCCUUCUUCAAGGGCCCCCCAAAAUAAAAUGUGACAAUGGAAAGUGGCAAACCCCACCACGCUGUUUUGAUACAAGAUGUGGAGAUCCCCCUGCAAUUGCCCAUGGUGAGGUAAAUAAUAUUUACCAGAGAAAGUAUCUUUCUGGUGAAAGUGUGGAAUAUCAUUGCCAUGAAGGUUUUGAACUUGGGGAAUCAAGUACUUCAACAUGCGAAAAUAGGGAGUGGUCCCCACCGCCAACUUGCAGAGUGCCAUGUAAUAGAUUCCUUUUUCUGUUUCAAUGCAUCACCACAGAUGCUGCGGGGAACUGUGCUCCUCCACCUCCUAUUGAAAAUGGAGACUUUCUGGGCACAGCAACUGCGGAAUAUAGGCAAGGGGCAAUUGUACAGUAUAAGUGCCAAGCUCUCUACAUUAUGCAAGGAAAUCAAUAUGUACAAUGUGUCAACGGGCAUUGGAUAGAUCCACCAACAUGCAUAGUUCCUUGUACAGCAACCGAAGAAGAUAUGAAUCAGAACAAUAUACAGCUGAAGUGGAAAUACGAUAAAAAAAUCUAUACCGCAUCUGGAGACGUGACAGAAUUUGCCUGCAAAUGGGGCUUUUGGCCAGAUCCAUCCUCUCCUCCCUUCAGAGCCCCAUGCAGAGAGGGCAAGUUGGACUACCCAAGAUGUAUACGUGUAGGGCCAUCAGAAAUAACUUGA